GUACACACAUUCAGCAUCACUGAUGACAAAGGGUCCUCCAGGGAGACGCGCUGCGCGUGACCGAGUCCUCCGCUUGUGCCACUGCAGACAGACUGAGCCGGACAGACAGGUGGAGUGGAGACAGGCGGCCGGUGACGCGGUGAGGAUGCACGCGGCGGGCAGCAGCAGCUCCCGGUGAUCGUCGGUACCGAAAGGCGGAGCAGCGCGAGGAUCCGCAGCGCGAGCAGCAGAGCGGAGCCAUGAGCUGCAACUGGGGCACUGAGCUGUGGGACCAGUUUGAUAAUCUGGAGAAACACACCAGCUGGGGAAUCGAUUUUCUGGAAAGAUACACCAAGUUUGUCAAAGAGCGAGCCGACAUCGAGCUGAGCUACGCCAAACAGAUCAGGAGUCUAUCUAAGAAGUACCAUCCAAAGAGAAGCAGAGAAGAUGAGAGCAGGUACACCUGGUGUCUGUCUUUUGCUGCGACCCUCCAGCAGCUGAAUGAACUGGCGGUCCAGAGGGAAGAACUGGCUGAGAACCUGAACUCUCAGAUCGCUUGUGAACUGACUCGGUACACCCAGGAGCUGAAGACAGAGAGGAAGACUGUGACAUUCCAAGAUGGCCGCCGUGCCCAGCAGCACAUUGAGAGCUCCUGGAAACAGCUGGAGUCUAGUAAACGUCGCUUUGAGCGUGGUAAGGAGGCGGAGCGAGCUCAGCACAUCUCCGACAGAAUCGACCUGGACAUUACCAGAUCUACAGCGGAUGUGUUUCAGGGAUCCAGUCCUGCUGACUGCAGCCACCUGCCUCCUGAACAGAGGAGAAAGAAACUACAGAGUAGAAUCAACAGCAUGAACCAAGAGAUCCAGAGGGAGAGGGAGCAGAGAGACGCUCUGCUGAAGAUGAGGGAGGUUUAUGAACGCAGUCCUCAGAUGGGCGAUGCCGGCAGUGUGGAGCCUCGACUGGAAGAAGUGAAGCAGAAUCUGAUGCGACUGGAGGAGGAGCUGAGGAGGAACCAGGUGUGGUUGUCGGACGCUGACAGCAGGUUGUGCGAACACAGCAGCAGCAGACAGAAUAAUUCCACGGCAACAACUCCAGGAAGCAGCAGCCUGAAACAUCUGGACAACCGCAGCCCUGCCAGCAGGGAGAGUCCUGACGGCAGCUACACUGAAGACCACAGUGCUGAACUUCACUUUAAGUCUCGCAGUUCAGAGUUUGAUGAUGACUUUGAUGAUGAAGAACCAUUACCAAGUAUCGGCACUUGCAAGUCUCUCUACCCAUUUCAAGGCCAGAACGAAGGCACUCUGUCCAUGGUGGAGGGUGAACUACUUUCGGUCGUGGAGGAGGACAAAGGUGACGGCUGGACCAGAGUGCGGAGGAACCUGGAGGAGGAGGGAUACGUUCCCACCUCCUACAUCAAAGUCUUCCUGGAAAGCAGUGCUAAAGGUGCCAUGACCUACAUAUGAACUUCAGAUGACCUCUGCAUGACCUCUGUAUGACCUUUGAAUGACCUCUGAAUAUGACCUUCUCAUGGCCUUCAUCUGACCACAGUGACCUUCAAAUGACCCCAUCUGACCUCCACACUGAACCCUGAAGAAAUACUGAAGUGACCUUUACAUGACCUCUACGUGACCUCUGACCUCUACAUGACCUGUGACUUCUACAUGACCUCCAGGUGAACUUCCUGUGAUCUCCAUGAGCCCUCCUGAUGACCUCUUUGACCUUUGAAUGUUGGUUUCUGUCUGUCUGUCUUCUACCUGCCUGAACUCGACCUGCUGUUUGAAUCUCUGUACCUGUGUGACACACCUGUGCACCUGUAGGGCAGGUGUGUCUCCACCUCCAGGCCUGUAGAUGCCACUAAUGAUGUGAUCAGUCACAUGAUUGGUCUCCAGGCUGAUGAGGAGCACACUCAGUUAAACAGCGAUGUGUCCGUGGUAACAGACGUGAACACAAACACCUGCUAGUCAGUGAGAUCCAGUCACACCUGAGAACUGUCACCAGGUGAACGUCUAUUAGCAUCAGCUGGAAGGACGUUAGCAUCAGCCUUAGCAUUAGCAUUAGCAGACCUGAAAAUAAUACAGAUGUAUUAUGAUGUCACAGACAGGUAGACAGACAGGUGGAGAGACAGGUUGACAGACAGAUAGACAGCAAGUAGACAGACAGGUAAACUGAUAAAACCAGUUUUUAAAGAUGCCCCCCAGUUCACAGCUGAGUGACUCUAACCUGUGGAGGACAGAGUCGAACUUCUGACUCGAAACUGAUUCUGUUCACCUUCUGUUUCUGUGGGGGGGUGAUACCGCGAGCAGCGGAGCUUCUACAGCUGAUCGCUGCUGCUUGGGACACACGUCUCAAUUCUGAUCACAGAUGUAUUAAAAAUGCCUCCCGAGACACACACAUGUUUUGCACACACUGUUGCUCAGUGAAAUCUGGCUGGUACAACCGUGUCAGACCAGUAGCGCGAACGCAGAAAUGCCCGGCAGCAGCCGACCACGCAAGUUUCGUGUCGCGGUGGCAGACUGGCUUGGCUCCGUGCCAGUGGAAACGCAAACUGGUUUUUAGAAUGAAACAACUAAGCUCUGAACUAGCACUAGCUCCUGGAGCCAGUGGGUGUAAACACGGUAUAUGGGUGCGAUCGAUUCUUCAUUUUUAAUAAUCUCAAACAUUGAAAAAAUAAAUCAAAUUUUCAAAAACAUCUGGCGGGCCAGAUAUUAUUCCUGACGGGCCAGUUUUGGCCCGCGGGCCACCAAUUGCCAACCACUGCUUUACAGGCACCGUUAGAGGAACCUUUACAGGAACCGUUAGAGGAACUUUACAGGAACCUUACAGGAACCUUUUAGGCACCUUUAUAGGAGCCUUACAGGAACCUUUAUAAUACAGAGUAAAUAAAAAUAAUUCCAUAUAUUUCAAUUCUGUAUUCUAUAAUAAUUUUAUAAUAAAGUCUAAAGCUAAUCAGAAUGAGCAGAAGGUUAUCGACAGCUGAUUACAGUUUGGAUAUUAACUAACGUCUAACGUUUCUUCAGCUGAGACAAUAAUUAAUCACUUCAGGUUCAUGAACAUGAAGCUAGUCGGUCAGUUUCAGUCCUCCUGUCUCACCCUCUAAUCUGUCUGUCUUUCUGUCUAUCUUGUAGGCUUUGUGCACAGUAGUCGGCUAGUCUAGCUAGUCCACCAGGGAGGACGUCUCGCCACAGGAAGUGAUGUAAGAGCUCAGAGGAGGUCCAGCAGCAGCUUCUUAUUGGACAGUUUUACGCUUCAGAUAUUUCAGCCAAUCAGUUGACAGAUGGCAGAAAUUUAUCAGAAAUCAAUCAGAACUGAUUGAGGUGAUCCAGAACAGAUCCAGAUGAUCAUGUUUCUCUAGAAACUAAUCCGCUUCACAUCACAUGAAACUUGAGUCGUGUUAAUUAGGAGUUUUUAGGUCAGAGGUCUGAAACUGAAGCUGAACGCCGUCGUGAUGUCACAGAAUGCUGUGACAUCACAGUGGAUGUGGUCAUUUUAAAGAGCUGACUGUGUGUAAAUAGAACCUGUGCAGGUGUAGCCCCACCCCUGCUGGCAUUAGCCAUGCUCCGCCCCUAUUUAUAGCCCCGCCCUCUCCAUGGCCCCGCUCCAUGCUUGUUGAUCAAUGAUCAUUUUUAUUGAUGAUUGUGUGAAAUGUGAACUUUUUUAUUUGAGUGAGAUAUUGAUCAGUUAUGUAUUGAUUUUUUUAUAGAGAUGUGAGACUGUUGAUCACGCUCUUUUCAACUUCCUGUAUGUUAGACUUUCAAAAUAAAGUACAUUGAAUCAA